AUGAAGGCUAUUUUCAGCACCGAGGCGCCAGAGGAUGAAGUCACGUGUCAGCAAAUUGAUGUACUUGGGCCUAUGCCGCAGGCGUGGUAUAGUGCAUGGGAGGAGCGGGGCUAUUUCUUUGAUGAAGAUGGGCGUCCAGUGGAAGGCCGCGAGGUAUGGCCUACUUUGGACCUGGCGUUUGAGCAGGGAGUGAGGGAGUAUCGACGGCAGGGUGGAGUAGGGGACUUUUGUGAUGAUGAGACUGCUGCUAUUUUGGAGCUGAUGCGGGGGAUGUUGAGAUUUGAGCCGGAAAAGAGACUGACCAUUGAAGAGGUGUUGCAGUCGGAAUGGGUAUCUAAGUGGGUGAUGCCUGAUUAUGAACGGAGUUUGCAAGCAUGUACAUAA